AGCCUUUCUUCUGUACCGCGUGCUUCUAUCUUCGCCUUUUCGAUCAACCAACCAUGCCUGCGAUGAUGCCCCCGGCCGCUGCCGCUCAAGAAGUAAUAGCGGUAGGAGUUGACGAAGGUGAGAUGGAGCCGCUGUUGGCGGAGAAUCCGGACCGGUUCUGCAUGUUUCCCAUCACCUACCCGUCAAUCUGGGAGUUCUACAAAAAGGCCGUGGCCUCCUUCUGGACGGCGGAGGAGGUGGACUUGUCCCAGGAUCUCUCCCACUGGCAGGAUCGUCUGUCCGCCGACGAGCACCACUUCAUCUCCCAUGUCCUCGCCUUUUUUGCCGCCUCCGACGGCAUCGUCCUCGAGAACCUGGCGGCCCGGUUCAUGCGCGACGUCCAGCUUCCUGAGGCCCGCGCCUUCUACGGCUUCCAGAUCGCUAUCGAGAACAUCCACUCUGAGAUGUAUUCUCUCCUCCUCGACACCUACAUCAAGGACCCCGGCGAGAAGUCUCGCCUCUUCCAUGCCAUUGACACCGUCCCUCCUGUCGCCCGCAAGGCCGAGUGGGCGCUACGCUGGAUCGAAUCCUCUGUCUCAUUCGCCGAGCGCCUCGUUGCCUUCGCCUGCGUCGAGGGAGUCUUCUUCUCCGGCUCCUUCUGCGCCAUCUUCUGGCUCAAGAAGCGAGGCCUCAUGCCGGGUCUCACCUUCUCAAACGAGCUCAUCUCCCGUGACGAGGGCCUCCACUGCGACUUCGCCUGCCUCCUCUACAGUCUUCUUCGCAACAAGCUCUCCGAGUACCGUGUCCGUGAAAUCGUUGCCGAUGCCGUUGACAUCGAGCGGGAAUUCGUCUGCAAUGCCCUGCCGGUCGCCCUUGUCGGGAUGAAUGGCGACCUCAUGAGUCAGUAUAUCGAGUUCGUGGCCGACCGCCUGCUUGGAGCGCUAGGUUACGAAAAGUUGUACGGGGCGGCCAACCCCUUCGACUGGAUGGAGCUCAUCUCGCUGCAGGGGAAGACAAACUUCUUCGAGAAGAGGGUCGGCGACUACCAGAAGGCCUCGGUGAUGUCGAGCUUGAAGGGUAAUGGAGCCAUCCAUGUGUUUAAGCUGGAUGAGGAUUUUUGAAGGGAUUUCUCCGUUCUCCUAUGAUCUCCUUACCUUUGAAUUUUGGUUUUUGAUUUAAUGCUAUUUGUCGCUUGUCUUAUCUUUAUAUGUAUAAAGAAUGGAUAUCUUAACAAGGCAACGAGAGUGACUUGUUCUACUACCAACGGGUUGCUCGAGGAAAUGCCUAUUUUAGUUGGUUCCUUGUGUCUGUAAUAUGCUCGAGGAAAUGCCCCAGCCGUGUAUAUAGCUAAGCUGCCUUAGCCGUGUA